CUACGUCCCCAGGGUGGCAUCAUCAUACAACCACCGCACCCCUGACAACCAUUCCACCGUACCUUACCACCAGGACGCACCUGCAUGCCACCAGUCCUCCACUCAGUAAACUACCUUUGCAAUUCUCCUUCCUUGUGGACCCACCUGUUCCCUCAUGUGACGAGGGACUCUACCUGCCGAGGUUUGUUGACCCCACACCUGAAAAUGGAGCCUCCCUCCAGGCAGAGGUCAACAGAGAAGUGGAGAUCCGAGUGAAAGCAGUAGCGGCGUAUUCAAGAAUACAAGAUAUAAUCAUAAGUGGCCCACUGAACAUCACAACGCAAAGGAACACAGAUGGGGACUUCGUCAUUAGGUGGACGCCAAUCCAAGACGACCUGGGGGAUUUCUUCUCCAUCUGCUUUGCUGUUGAAUCGGUGGCCGGGGCGGGCGUCUAUCAGACCGAGAUGAGGUGUGUUGUGGUGGAGGUCAAGACGAACCAAGUUGAAACCAAUGUGAUCUGCACUGAGACCACAAUGACAAUAGAGCUUGAGAAAGCUUCUCUCCCUGGACACCAUGCGGACCAUCUGAGGCUCAACGACGCCACCAACACCGCCUGCAGGCUGAAGUCCAACACCACCCACAUCUUCGCCGUCAUCCCCCUCAACGAUUGUGGCACCUACAUUGAGGAAGAUGACACUAACCUCAGGUUCAAGAACGCAAUCACCACGUUUGACAACAUAGCCGACGUGAUCUCCAGGAAGCACCUGCUGGAGGUGGACUUUUACUGCCAGUACCCCAAACGUGGGAAUGUGACGCAGGUCUUCACGGCACACAGACCAAUACUCGAAGUGUGGGACAAGGGCUUUGGCAGGUUCACCUACCAGUUUGAGUUCUAUCCUAACGACCAAUACCUCACCGCCAUCGAUCCCAGUACAUACCCGCUGGUGUAUGUUCUGGGGAAAAGGAUCUUUAUGCAGAUCGAGGCUACCUCAUCCAUCAAUGACACAGUGCUGUUCGUGGAGUCCUGCAGAGCUACGCCAUAUGACAACCAGAACUACCAGCAAACCUACUCCAUCAUCGAGAACGGGUGUAAAGUGGAUCAGACUGUUGAAAUCCACUCCAACUCCCACCAGAGACAAUUCCAGUUCAGCAUGGAGGCCUUCAAGUUCAUCGGAUCUCACGAUCAGGUGUACAUCAGCUGCACGGUCCUGAUGUGUGAAGCAGGAAGCCCCAACACCAGGUGCUCUCAGGGAUGCAUCAACUCCACAAAGCAGAGCAGUUGGCCUGAUGCUCACCACCACAGGAAGAGAGAGCUCAUUGCUCAAGGUCAAAGGCACUUUGUUUCCCAGGGUCCCUUGCGCCUGGGAAGAUCAGCACAGGUCAACGAAAGCCCAGCGCUCCAGCUGAAUCUGAACCUGGUCUUCAUCGCUGGAUGUCUCCUUGCAGCCGUUGGCAUGAUCAGUGCAGUGGUCUUGUACAAGGCCAGAGGGUCAACGGUCAGAUACCAACCUUUGUCAACGUUUGAAAGUUAAGUCAUCAGGCAGAAUUUCAAAUUUUAUACAACCUUUAUUUGACGAUGUAAAGCUUUGCCACCAGAUUUGGAGUGCUGGUGUUUCUUCCACUUCAGCUUAAUAUGGUAUCACCUCUAUACAAGCUACAAAUACUGGAUCUCUGCCUGUGCAGAUAACUUUAGGUUACUUUUGUGUCUCUUUAAGGUGGUUUAUCUCUUUUUUUGUCAUUUUGUGUAACAUUGAGGUGGAUGUGGUAUUUUUUGCCAUUGGGUGUACCAUUGAGGUUGAGGUUAAUAGUCGACCAUUUGAGUCUCUUCCAGUUUGACCCAUUCAGUAAUCCAAUCCAAUGUGUUGCUUCACAGAUUCUUCUAUUAUUGUGUAUGACAACACGAUUUAUUGAUAGAUACAUAAAAGCAUUUC